AUGGCUGUUAGAAAACCAUUAACUAAAUUCACAACACCCUUGGGGUCAGGAGCAGGAGUACCCAAAGAAAAACGACCUCCAAAAGUUUUAGAUUCUGAAUCACGACUAGCAAAACCAUUUAAAGUUCCUUUUAAAACGCGACUGGAAACAGUAGGUGGAAUUAUAUCAAAUAGACCAGUAAGAUCCAGUAGGAAAAGAACAAAUUAUGCAAUUGAUGAUUUAGAAAAUCAACAAACUGACCAAGAUGAUGAUUCAAAUGUAAAUGAAUUUGGUGAAGUUAUAAGAGUUAAAAAAUUUGGUGCUUUAUUACCAAGAUCAAUGAAUCAAUUGAAUAUGAAUAAUAAUGAUAUUAAAUUUAAAAGAUCAUUUACCGUACCAUUUAGUAAGAAUAAUACAAAACAAAAUGAAUUUAAUAGAGCUCCACCACCUCCAUUAGGUACAAAAAUUAAACCAAUAUUACCUCCUCGUGCAUUACAUGAUCCAAUGUCUGAAUUUGCAAUAGUAUUAUAUGAUCCAACUGUCGAUGUUAUACCUAAAAUUGAAGAACUAGAAGAAAAAAAUCAAGAAAUUCAACUGAGUCCAACAACUGAACCAGAAAAUUCAUCAGACAAUACUCAACCACCUUUGAAAAAGAGAAAACAUCAUAAAUCAUUAGCUGAAAUUUUAGGGAUUGUUAAAAAUCCUGAAGAUCAAUUAGCUAAAUUCCCCAAUGUUCCAGUUGUAAUAGAUCCAAAAUUAGCUAAAAUUUUAAGACCUCAUCAAAUUGCUGGGGUACAGUUUCUUUAUAGAUGUACUUCAGGUUUAAUAGAUCCAAGAGCAAAAGGUUGUAUUAUGGCUGACGAAAUGGGAUUAGGUAAAACUUUACAAUGUUUAACAUUAAUGUGGACUUUAUUAAAACAAUCUCCUCGUGGUAGGAAAACUAUUGAAAAAUGUAUAAUUGUAUGUCCUUCUUCAUUAGUUAGAAAUUGGGCAAAUGAAAUUAUAAAAUGGUUAGGUGAAGGUGUAUUAACUCCAUUAGCUGUUGAUGGGAAAAGUACAAAACCAAAUGAAUUAGGUACUGCUUUACAACAAUGGUCAACUGCAACAGGAAGAAAUAUAGUUAGACCUGUUUUAAUUAUUUCUUAUGAAACAUUACGUAGAAAUGUUGAUAAAUUAGCAGGAACAGAAGUUGGAUUAAUGUUAGCUGAUGAAGGUCAUAGAUUAAAAAAUGGUGAAUCAUUAACUUUUACAGCAUUAAAUUCUUUAAGAUGUGAAAGAAGAGUUAUAUUAUCCGGAACUCCUAUACAAAAUGAUUUAUCUGAAUAUUUUUCAUUAUUAAAUUUUGCAAAUCCUGGAUAUUUAGGUACAAGAAAUGAUUUUAGAAAAAAUUUUGAAAAUUCUAUAUUAAGAGGUAGAGAUGCUGAUGCUACAGAUAAAGAAAGAGAGAAAGGUGAUGCAAAAUUAAAUGAAUUAUCAACUUUAGUUUCUAAAUUUAUUAUUAGAAGAACUAAUGAUAUUUUAUCAAAAUAUUUACCUAUAAAAUAUGAAUAUGUUUUGUUUACAAGUUUAUCACCAAUGCAAAAGAAAUUAUAUCAUCAUUUUAUAACAUCACCAGAAAUUAAAAAAUUAUUAAAAGGAAUUGGAUCACAACCUUUAAAAGCUAUUGGAAUGUUAAAAAAACUUUGUAAUCAUCCAGAUUUGUUAGAUCUACCUGAUGAUUUAGAAGGUUGUGACCAUUUGAUACCAGAAGAUUAUCAAUCAUCAAUAUCAUCAACUGGAAGAAAUAGAGAAAUUCAAACUUGGUUUAGUGGUAAAUUUAUGAUUUUAGAAAGAUUUUUACACAAGAUUAAUUCUGAAACUAAUGAUAAAAUUGUUCUUAUAUCAAAUUAUACUCAAACUUUAGAUUUAAUUGAAAAAAUGUGCCGUUUUAAAAAAUAUGGUUGUUUAAGAUUAGAUGGUACAAUGAAUAUAAAUAAAAGACAAAAAUUAGUUGAUAAAUUUAAUAAUCCUGAUGGAUCAGAAUUUAUAUUUUUAUUAUCAUCAAAAGCUGGUGGGUGUGGUAUAAAUUUAAUUGGAGCAAAUAGAUUAAUUCUAAUUGAUCCAGAUUGGAAUCCAGCAUCUGAUCAACAAGCAUUAGCAAGAGUUUGGAGAGAUGGUCAAAAAAAAGAUUGUUUUAUUUAUAGAUUUAUAUCAACUGGUACAAUUGAAGAAAAAAUUUUUCAAAGACAAUCAAUGAAAAUGUCAUUAAGUUCUUGUGUUGUUGAUGAAAAAGAAGAUGUUGAAAGAUUAUUUAGUUCUGAUAAUUUAAAACAAUUAUUUCAAUAUCAACCAAAUACUCAAUGUGAUACUCAUGAUACUUAUAAUUGUAAAAGAUGUAAUUUUGAAAAAGGUCAAUUUAUAAAAAGUCCUGCUAUGUUAUAUGGUGAUGCAACUACUUGGAAUCAUUUAAAUCAUAAAGCUUUAGCUAAUAAUGAAGAUAGCUUGAUAGCUGGUGAAUCACAAUUUAAUGAUAUUUCUUUUGCUUUUCAAUAUAUAUCUCAUUGA